AACUAGGACCAGACUUCUACUUGAGUUUAUGGCUUUCAAAAGCACAAUAAACCGGAGCCAUUUGCGGGUUGUGAGGGAAGUGGAGGCAAUUGGUGGCAAUGCGCAAGCCUUAGCUUCUAGGAAGCAGAUGGGUUGCACUUUUGAUGCUCUUAAGACUUAUGGUCCUCCAAUGGUAAAACUACGUAUUGAUUGUGUGAGACACCCUGCUUCCUUGCAUUGGAAGGUCAGUGAACAGCAACUUCAUAAGGUGAAAGCUGAAAUAAUUGAAGCUUCCAACAAUCAUCGCAGCUUGCUUUUAGAGGCAAUUCACUCUGCUAGUUAUUCAUGGGAUUUAGCAAAUCCUCUUCUAGCUCCAGAAUCUGCUAUAAAUAUAUUGAAUAGUACAAUUCUCGAGGAAUUUGUUGUUAUUAGUCUAAGAAAGCCUGAUAUUUCAGUAUUGUUUCGGCAGCUUCACCAUCCAACACUGUUGAAGUCCUCAGCUGCUUCUACACCUGAAAAUCCCGAGGAUGUUUCCUCGGGGAAAACACUCCAACGCUCAACCCCAAGUGCUGACAUGUACCUGCACAUGGAAUUAUUAUCAGUUGCAGUACCACUUUUGUCAGAUCUUCCUAAAAUUCUUUGCCCUGUUGAGCCACAGUUUGUGUAUGUUGGAAGUGAUUAUCAUUGUCAAGCUGAUUCAAGGGAUGCAACUCAUUUUGCUAUUGCAUUUGAACUUCCCGGCGGUUGGCAAAAGGAUAAGGAAGCUAUGGCUUUGACUGUCCUCUAAGUGCAAUCUUUGCUUUUCUUUUUCAAAUCAAUAUGCCUGUUUCCCCACCCAACCACCCCCAAUUUCCUGAUUUCCUUUAAUGAACAUUUAGUUAAGAGUGUUAUAUUGUAGGUUUCAUGAUGUUGUAUCACUACUUUGUAAUUCAUGUUUCUGUUGCAUUGCUAUCUCAAGAAAGAAAGGAAGAAUAAAUCUUAUUAUACUGU